CCUGUGCUCCCCCGUGCAGAGAGCUGCGCCCUGAAGAAGCCGCUGGACGCGGCGGAGAAGCCGGACGAGGCGGAGAGGCCGAAGCAGCGGAGCCGGAGGAAGCCGCGCGUCCUCUUCUCGCAGGCGCAGGUCUUCGAGCUGGAGCGGCGCUUCAAGCAGCAGCGUUACCUGUCGGCGCCCGAGCGGGAGCACCUGGCCAGCAGCCUCAAACUCACCUCCACGCAGGUGAAGAUCUGGUUCCAGAACCGGCGCUACAAGUGCAAGCGGCAGCGGCAGGACAAGUCGCUGGAGCUGGGCGGCCCCGCGGCCCCGCCGCCGCCGCGCAGGGUGGCCGUGCCCGUGCUGGUCCGCGACGGCAAGCCGUGCCUCGGCGGCUCGCAGGGCUACAGCUCGGCGUACAACGGGCCCUACUCCUACAACGGCUUCCCCGCCUAUGGCUACGGCAACGCCGCCUCCUACAACCCCGGCUACGGCUGCACCUACCCGGCGGGCACCGGCGGCACCUCCAUGCAGGCCGCCUGCAGCCCGGCGGCGGCCGCCGGCCCCUUCGUGAACGUGGGCGGCCUGGGGGGCUUCGGCGGCGGCGGCCAGCCCCUGCACCAGGCGGCGGCGGGGCCGUCCUGCAGCCAGGGCGCACUGCAGGGCAUCCGGGCCUGGUAGCCCGCACGCACUCAGGGCCGGGAGCGGACAAGGCAGCACGGCCCGGCGGCCCCGCAGUGCCGUCGGGAGCCGCGCCGCAGCCCUGGACCGAAGGCGGCGGCGGCGGCGGAGGGGCGGCGCGGCGGGCCCCCGGUCGUCCCGGGGCCGCGGGGCGGGCCGGCGGCGGAGAGGAGCGGAGCGGAGCGGCGGGCCGGGGCUGCCCCAGCUCCCCGCGAAGCGCCGCCGCCCCGAGGUGCCGCCGCGACGGGCGGCCCGGAGCCGGUCGCGCCGCGCAAGCGGAGCAGCUUUGCUUGUAAAAAAGCCGACGGCGGGGCCCGGGGCUCCCGCGGCCCCUCUAUCUACUCUGUAUCGGUUACUGCCAGCGCCAGCUCGCGGAGUCAGUCAAUAAACCAGGUGCAAUAUC